CACGUGUGCGUUUCGUGUCGUAUUUAAUCCGCAUUUGGAUGAAACCCAGUCCAUCCCAGAACCGGGGAGCCUUAGUCCUGCACCUAAAGGCGUCUUGUCAGUGUUCAGGAUGUUGCUGGUGUUUUAUUCGGUGUCCUGUGCGUGGCUGGUUGGUUUUACUGCCGCAGGUCACGCGUGGGUCGGACAUUUGCGUCAAGUCCCCGUAAACAGGAGCGAUGUCCGGACGGCUGCAGAGUUGGCUGUGGUUGAAUUCAACAAAGCCAACACGGAAGACCCCCACACCUACAGAAUCGACAAAAUCACAUCGGCCAAAAUGCAGAUAGUCGCAGGAGUCAUGUACGUCCUGGAUGUGGAGCUGGAAAACACAAGGUGCAACAAGAGCCACACUGUGCAAACCGAAAACAUGGGUUUCAAAUGUUCUCCUAAGUAUCCCGUGAUGGGAGAAAGAGACGAUGUGAGAGAGCUACUAGGUUGGAGUCCAAGCAUGGAUAUCUAUCUAGAUACAUGGGUAUGUCGGGGUCAGAGGCUGAAGGCCGGUGAAAGGUGACCUCAGUGAGAGGCCAGCGUGACAUUUGACCUCUCGCUGGAUGUGCGGCUGACCCUUGAGGAUACGGCUCAACAAUGGGAGGCACGUGCCCCGGCCCUGUCACCAUGGUAACCAAGGACCUUUUGGAACUGUGGGGGAGUAGGGUCAAAGCUUGUUCUUUAUCCUGAUCUGUGUUAACCAUCUGCUGCCGAUUGACUCCCUUAGAUAUAACACAUACCCACCGCAGACCUACGUGUGUGUGGGUGUGUGCGUGGGUGGGUGUGGAUAAACGACAGCGUUCGUACCAGUGAAGAAUCUGAGGACUGACUGGGUAAUCUCUGCAGGCAACUGUGAUGG